CCCGGAGCCUCACCUGGAAGGAGGGAUCUCAGCCCCACCUGAGCGCCGGUGAUGAUUGAGGUGAGGAUUGGGAAUUCACCGCUUUUCUCGCUAUUUUUGGCAGCUCUGAAGGACCCCAAACCUUCACCUGGAAGGAGCCGAUGCGAUGGAGGGAGCUCAGCCCCACCUGAGCGCAGACCUGACGACCCCGUACCUGAGGAAGGCUCCCACCCCCCCUGGCCAUGAGGACGCCGACACUGCCAUCAUCGCAGUGGUGAUCACGCUGGUGUUCCUCACGCUGCUGACGGUGCUGGUGGUGAUCGGGAUUUACCUGUACCGGAACCAGGGCUCCUACCGCACCUACGAGCAGCCCGAGGCGGACACGGCCCCGCGGGAGGAGGCUCCGCCCAAGGACAAGGAGGAAUAUUUUAUCUAAGGACACCCCUGGGAUCCACACAGGUCCCCAAAUCCCCUGGAGCUGGGGGUCUACAUACAUUUUCAGGAGUUAGGAUGCUACCUGAAUUCCCUGACAUCGGGGAGCUGCCCAAAUUUCCUGGAGUUGGGGGAUGCACCUAAAUAUCCCGGAGCUGAGGAUCUGCCAAAAUUUCUUGGAGGUGGGGGAUCUUCCUAAGGCGGGAAUCUGCCUAAAUUCCCUGCAGCUGGGGCUCUACCUGCAUUUCCUGGCAUUGGGGUUCUGCCUAAAUUCCCUGGAUUUGGGGAUCCGCCUAAAUUGGAAAGCUGCCUAAAUUCCCUGGGGUUGAGGUUCUGCCUAAAUAUCCUGGAGCUGGGAUCUGCCUGAAUCUCCUGGAGCUUCUGAUUUCCCUAAAUUCCCUGAGCUGGGGUCCUGCCUAAAGUUGAUGCUCUACAGGGUGAUUUUGUUUGGUUUGGGUUGGGUUUUUUUCCCCUUAAUUUAUUAAGCCAACCAUAGAUGGAAUAUGGGGGUACCGGAGGGCAGGAAAAACCUAAAUAUUCCCCCAAAAAUAAUAACCCCAAAAGAGGAAGUUCCCAACAGAGCAGGAAAAAGGAAAGAAGUGAGGAAACCCCUGGCUGGCAGCAGCCGAAGGGGCUCUCAGAGGCCCAACAGAAAUCUGCUAGUUCAUUUAAAUUUUCAAAAUAAUCUUUAUUUUUGGUUUUUAGUAUAAAAACUCCACAAGUUCAGUGCAGCACAGAGAGUCCGAGAGCCAAGCUCGGGAACAGUCAGGGAUGGUCACACACACAGAGGACACGGAUUCAGAUUAAAGUGAAAUAUUAAAAUAAAA